AAGGAACGCGACUUCCUCCACUAUGGUGUCGUUUCUUGGCUGGGCUUUAUACUCCUUUACUUUGUGAUCGACUCUUCUUUGCUGUGAUGUUUUUCCACCAUUAACUUUCCAUAAUUGUCUAAUUACAUACAAUCAAAUGUUGGAUCGCGAAGAGGAGCGUCCGCGUCCGCAUCAUCAAUACAGCCAGGUGUAUGGCCUCCCUGCCGAUUCUCACACAGCUCAUAGACUUCGACAUGCUACUCCGCAACAUUUGCACCAAACCACACGACGAUGUUUCAUAGGGCCGAUUCCAGAAGGUUGGCUCAAGAGCCAUAAACAUGAUUGGUAUAAACACCGCCUCCACAGCAGUCACUCCUCUCGAGCCGUUCUAUCCCAAGCCUCUACGCACCACAGCAAACACAGACGUCUCUCCGGGCUAGACGGCCCCAGCACAACUGCAUUAUAUGGGCAUAGCUUCCCGCCUCCUGAUGAUCUCGAGGCUGAAGAGGAGAUGCACUUGGACGGUACUGCUUUGAGCCAACCAUUGUCUACCGAAGCGCAGUCAGCGUUGGGAAUACCCAGAACCUCUUCACCAAGCACAUUAAAGCACCCAGAUAAUGAAGAGACGGACCAAAUAGAGCAGACUUCUGACGUCCUACCUCCACGUCCGCCAUUCCUGAGCAUGCGGUCCUCUUCGUCUCGUAUACGGACAUUGAGGGAAGUUGGAAAGACGAGGACCAAAUCUGGCGACAGUUUCGUUACUGCGAAUGAGUCGCUGCGAGAGCUAACACCUGGCUUCAGUGUCGAUGACGAAGAGGAAAAUACCGCGAUAACGAAUAAUGAGACCAGAAUUCCAGAAUCCGGACCUUCCUCAAGAUCUCAGGGUUCUCCUAAUCUACGCCCAACAUCAACGUUGGAAACCGAUCCAUCGAAGCAGAAUUCCUUUAGUGAAGCCCCGGGAGACGCCAUGUCUACUUCGCACCUAAUCCAAGGCAAGGAUCAAGAUGAGCUGCUAGAUAAUGCAGAAGGCAGCUCGGGCAAGAGAGGCGAAGUGAAAGGGAUUCUAUCGCGGGCGAAGUCGAAGUUGCAAAGUAGGUCCGAUGACUCAGAGGAUGGCCAUACACCGCGGGAGACAUUGAAGAGACAGCGAAGCUCUCUGAGGGCGCUGGUACAUUUCGAGGUACCUGAGGAGUCGAAGCGCGCUGAACUACAACUUAGAGCUAGGGCGGCUCAAUUAUCUAUUCAGCGAGCGUCCACAAAGUUACGAAGAAGUCGUGCGAAAGACGGACAGAUCAUCAAGAUGGAACGUAUGCUUGUGCGUGUAGACAUGACGACUCACAACCUCCCUGAUGAAUUCGAUGAAAACGAGAUUCAAAAGGUAGAGGCGCGAACCACCGAGAAAUGGAGGGAAUAUAUGGUCGUAUGUCGACAAAGCACAAGUGAUGAUGCCGAGUUCGUUCUCCAGAUGUAUAAAAGUCGUGUUAUUCCGGAAAUUGAAGGAACCAAGGCGCCUAAAAGAACGAAACAUCAGAUACCGCUUGGCCGCAAGAUUUCGAAAGUUAAUCUCUUCUCUUCCCUUGAUAAGACCAUCGUUGUCUGGGUUCCAAGUAAGAAAGGUACGACAACGUUCUAUAUAAUGCAAACCCAAUCGAGCUCGAAUGCUGUCGAGUGGUACACAUUUCUGCGCAAUAUUUUGGGUUGGAGUAGAGCGGAAGAGAUUCAAGUCACCGUUCCUGAUAUGAGCGUCAGUCUCAUGCUUCAGAACCCUUUUGAGAGAAUCGAGGCAUCACGAGAUGCUGUACGAGCGGUGGAAGGCAGUGACGAAGCGAUAGUCAGAACUAUGCGAGAAGAGCAAGCAGUCGCCGGUAAUAUAAUCCAGAGAAGCCUUGCUAUGCUGAAGCACAACCCUGAGUGGGACAACAUCAUGAAAGCAUGGGAGAAGGAAAGGAUAGGACUAUGUUGGAAAAGGUAUGACCGACUUGAAUGGAUCCAUGGUGAAAAUGAACGAAAGAUGUAUGGAACUAUUGCCAUGAUGAAAUCGCACGAACUAGAACUUCGUCCGAAACAGCAUUAUCCUACUGCUAUUCACGAUCACACGAAAGGAGAGCGGAUUAUCGAGCCACCACCCGUGGAAGGCUUUUUAAUAAGACUUACUUCUCAACGAGGUGCUAGCAAGAGACUGGGUAAAACAUUCUUCAAGAAACUUUAUUAUUCGACGUUCGACCAGUAUCUUGCUUUCUCUAAUCCAGUACACGCCUAUCCACCUCCGCCACCAAAGCUUCCGACAGCAGAUGGAACCCGCCCUCCGUCUUCGAGACAGAUUACCGAAACUAUGCCUCUUAUCUACACCGUCAAUCCAUACCCUGUCAAAGCUGGGGAGAUCGAUUGGUUGUCAGACGGACACAUAGAGAUGACUGAGGAAAGAAAUCUUCGCGAUCAAGAUGCCCUGGAGGAACAUGAGCGUAAAUUGAAUUUCUUAUUUCGAUGUCAAGGCUUCAUCAACCUUUGCAACGUCGAACGAGUAAGAAAAUUCAAAAUGGGUGCCACAUCCGCUGAUGAAGCACUUGACGACGACGGAUCAGACGUCGACUUCGAUCAGAAUGACCGUAGCAAUUCUCGCUACGAUGGCACUACAAAUAGCAUUGACGACAAACGAACGUUCGAGCUCGUCAUGAGCAAUGGUUUGGUGGUUCGCUUGCAAGCCUACGACGAAGAGACGAAGCGAGAAUGGAUUAUUCGUCUCCGUGACCUUGUGUACUACUGGAAGAAAAGGAUGGCAGCGGACAUCCUACUCUUGAAGAACGUCCGUCAGCAGAACCUCGAGGAUCUGAAGAUCGACGAAGAAGCUGAAGCGUUUGUCGGCCAGUUCGCGCGUAAAUGGGAGGUCACACAUUCCUAUGCAUCGCCUGAACUCUAUAACUUAUGUGGAAUCUCCCGGUGCCGUACCAUCCAUUUGUCGGGAAUGCUGUACAGAAAACCUCGUCGCCAUGCCACAUUCUCGCGCUGCUCCGUCCUGCUGGUCAGCGGCCGCUUGCUAGUGUUUCAAGACACACUGAGAGAACGCAGUGGCCGUGUCAUCCCGCACAUCCACCAGGAACGGAUCACGUCCCUCGACCUCAAGGAUUGCUACCUGUACUCCGGUCUUCUAACUGAGUCCGACCUGCUUUACCAGAACCGAACGUUCGACAGCAGCAAGCCAGGCCAUCAUGCGCUUCCUCGGAUAUACCUCGAGGAUGGUUGGACUAGUACGGAUGAGGACGUCAUGACUUGCUUUGUGAUAUGGCACGGAAAACGAAAGGCGUGGUUCAGGAGUGAAGAUCACGACGAAGAGACUGGGGAGGGCAAACGGAGCAAGCUGAAGCUUGUCAGUCGGCUAGGUGUGACCGGGCGCAGUCUGGUGUUCAGGGCGAGAAGUCGCGCAGAGAGAGAUCACUGGGUGUUGGGUAUACAAAACGAGAUCGAGAGGCUGCGCGAACAGGAGGAUUUCCGUAUUGAAGACAAGAAGAGUGAUUAAGGCAAAAAUAGAGGCGAAGCAGCAUCAGACAGCUUCUUGGAAAGACCUUUCUUUGGUAUGACAUUAGAAGGGCAGCAUGAACACGGCGAAUUGAAGUAUUCACUAUAGUAUAUAUUGACAGUCUUCUUUUCCACUCCACUGUAGAUAUCCCUCUAUAUGAAUAAGUAUACACCCAAUCCAUGACGACCAAAACGAA